ACGACACGGCCGCAGGCUGGCAGCUGGCCAGCAGCCCUAAAUAUCAUGUCUACAUUUGAUGGCAUCGUGUCCGAAUUUCCCGAAAUUCGCAUUGACGACUUUAGGAAGAAGGUCAACCACCCUAGUCCGCUUGCAUGCUUCCUCUCUCAUGUCCACUCUGACCACUUGCGUGGACUGGAGUCUCUCAGAUCUCCGUUCGUGUACUGCUCACCUGCGACUAAAGAGAUCCUUCUUCGACUCGAGCGUUAUCAACCUCGUAUGAACUUCAACAAGAAAAUCCUCGAAUCGCGCGUCCAGACAUAUAAGCAUCUCAAAGGGUUGUUGAAGUCGAUUCCUUUAAAUACACCAACACAGAUCGAGCUAUGUCUUGGCCAUAGCAUCCGUGUAACACUCCUGGAUGCUAAUCAUUGCAUCGGCGCUGUAAUGUUCCUGAUUGAAGGAAAUAACCGUGCAAUCCUAUAUACUGGCGACAUCAGGUCCGAGACAUGGUGGGUGAACUCGCUGAUCCGAAAUCCGGUCGUAAUACCUUAUACCUUGGGUAAGCGACGACUGGAUCGCAUCUAUCUAGAUACAACGUUUGCCAUGAACUCAAACAUAUAUCGUGAGUUCCCCUCGAAGGCUGAAGGCAUUCGAGAGAUGUUAGAGCAAGUCGAACGCUAUCCUCCUGACACCAUUUUUUAUUUCCACGCUUGGACCUUUGGCUACGAGGACGUAUGGACAGCUUUGGCGGCUUUCUUGAACUCGCGCAUACACCUCGAUAGGUAUAGGUUGAGCUUAUAUCGAUCGCUAGCUAGAACGGGUACUGCACCUCCCUGCUUAGAUGCUGCUCAAUUUUGCGGCUUUGAGCUCGGUAACCACAAGCCCCAGGGUUUCGUGACUUCCGACCCGGUCGUCCAGGUGCACAGCUGCGAGCGAGGCUCAUCUUGCCCUAUCUUUGAUAAAGACGAGGCUCAACGGGUUGUAACCAUCAUACCCAUAGUCACGAGGACCAAGAGCGGUAGUCCAGUGCCUGAAAUCGGUGCUGGUGGAGGCCAGGGUGAUUUGGACCAGACAAACGACUUGAUUAUCGACGACACCCAGGCACUUGAGCAGCUUAUUCGGUUCGCCCAACAGACUUUGCAAGAUAGUAAUCCUAAGCUUCUUCAAUCAACGCUGCGUGUUCUUUCAGCUAUAACGAGAGCAGAUGGUCAUAAAUCUAUACCGCUUCAUGAACUCAAAGCCGCCUUCGAAGAUUCAGCUGACAUCCCAUUGGAGGCUUUCGUCAACGCUCUAGGCAACAAUGGAUCUGGAAGGGAUGGUAGUGCCGACUUUCAAUAUCCUCAAUCGGGCGUAGCUGGCUCAUCAACUCUCCCUGCAACGAUCAGAUUUCCCUACUCCCGCCAUUCAUCCUAUACAGAGCUCUGCGAUCUUGUGAAAGCUUUUCAUCCCAAAGAUGUGUACCCUUGUACCAUCGACGUGAUGUCCUGGGAUCCUUCUCAGACCAUGCGUGCACUUUUUGGGCAUCUUUGCUCUGCAGAUUUGUUUGAACACGAUAAGUUGAUGCUAGAUAGAUAUCAAGAAAUGCAACGAUUUCGAUCGACGAAACGGCGGCUGGAUGAGACGCAAGGCGAAGAUCGACCUCAAUCUAGCGUCAACGGACACAGUAGUACACAGGAAAGUACUGCUUCACCUAAAAAAGGCAGAAGAAGCGGGAUGUAUGAUGGAUCACUACGCAGCAAUGAUGAGGAGCCUUCGUAUGAUUUCACGCAAUAUGCCACCUGUGACACACAGAUGCAACUCGACAAUAUGGGCGACGAUGAUUUGGUCUCAUUCGAAAGAGACCCGCCAUACGAGCACUCGUAUGACACCUUGCAACAGAUUAUCUUCCACGACCUGCAGACCGAAAGUCUGGACACGGACAUUUCCAUCGCUGCGACUACAGGUGCUGAUACCCAGGCUCAUCUCUCUCCAUCCUUCCUAGAACCGCAAAUACCGCAACGGUCAUUUCGGGAUAGGACAGAGUCUCAAGAGAAAGAAUCGCCAACCCUUUUAGUAUCAUCUUCACCUUUCAGCAGAGCAGCACCUGCCGCAAUAUUCGAAACUGAUUCAGGCCCGAAUUGCUCUCCGAGCACAUCAAAACUAAUAACAUCAUCAAAAGCUCGCAACAAUGGCAGACUCUCGCAGGCGAAUGUUUCCAAAAAAGCUUCAUUACCGUCAAUACCGUCUACAGUGAGCACGAAUCCGCCUUCGGGCUCACUGCCAUCACGUAUCAAUACCCAGUUGAACACAAGCAUGAGCGCUCUGUCGCCAAACUACGUGACUCGAAAACUUGCACAUGAUCUUGCCAUGGAAUAUGAUGAACUGACGUGGUUCGAUUUCGAAGGACUGGUGUCUGCGGGAAAUAAUCAUUGCGAGGAGGAAGUUGAAUUGUGA